UCCUGGCUUCCGGUGGCGUUUCGCGACUGCCCUGCCUGUGGCCUGUCGCUUGUGUGGUUGUUGUGGGUUGCCGUGCAGCGACUUCCUUCCGUCUCCUCCUGCGUUCCGAGCUCUCCGGAGCCUGGCGAGGCCCGGUUCGGCCUCCGCUGCUCCCUGGCCCCGGCGUCCGCCCGCUAGUGGAGGGCCGGUUCCCGGGAGCCGCGCGUGCACCUCCUCCUCGUCCUCCCGGGGCCUGGCGCGGGGAUGCCCGCGGGCUACGCUUGCUAAGGGAGCUAGGGGAGGAGUAGUUCAAAAUGUCAAAAAUUAGGAGGAAGGUCACAGUGGAAAAUACCAAGACCAUAUCUGACAGCACAUCCAGAAGACCUAGUGUGUUUGAGAGGCUUGGGCCCAGCACUGGCAGUGCAGCAGAGACACAGUGCCGUAACUGGCUGAAGACUGGUAACUGCCUCUAUGGAAACACAUGCCGAUUCAUCCAUGGCCCCUCACCUCGUGGGAAAGGUUACAGCAGCAAUUACAGAAGGUCACCAGAAAGACCCACGGGUGAUCUCAGAGAAAGAAUGAAGAACAAACGCCAGGAUGUGGAUACUGAACCCCAGAAACGAAAUGCGGAUGAGUCGUCCUCACCUGUUAGGAAAGAAUCUUCAAGAGGGAGACAUAGAGACAAGGAAGACAUAAAAAUUGUUAAGGAGAGAACACCAGAAAGUGAAGAAGAAAAUGUAGAAUGGGAAACUAACAGAGAUGAUUCUGACAAUGGAGAUAUUAAUUAUGAUUAUGUUCAUGAGUUAUCGCUGGAAAUGAAGCGGCAAAAAAUACAGAGAGAAUUAAUGAAGCUAGAACAAGAAAAUAUGGAUAAGAGAGAAGAGAUUAUUAUUCAAAAGGAGGUUUCACCAGAAGUGGUUAGAUCAAAAUUGUCUCCAUCACCAUCUCUAAGAAAGUCCAGUAAGUCUCCAAAGCACAAAUCAAGCCCCAAGUCAUCUUCAACUAGCAAGAAAGAAAGGAAGCCUGCUGUCAUGCCUUCUCCCCUGUUGGACCAGCAGAGGAAUUCAAAAAGCAACCAAAGUAAAAAGAAAGGGCCACGUACUCCUAGUCCUCCUCCACCUAUUCUAGAAGAUAUUGCUCUGGGGAAAAAAUACAAAGAAAAGUAUAAAGUGAAAGAUAGGAUAGAAGAAAAGCCAAGAGAUGCAAAGGACAGAGGACGGGAUUUUGAAAGGCAGAGAGAAAAGAGAGACAAACCAAGGUCUUCUUCCCCUUCGGGACAACAUCAUUCCCCCAUAUCUUCUAGACACCACUCAUCGUCCUCACAGUCGGGAUCAUCUAUUCAGAGACAUUCCCCUUCUCCUCGCCGGAAAAGAACUCCUUCACCGUCCUACCAGCGGACAUUAACUCCAUCUUUACGGCGUUCUGUUUCUCCUUAUCCUUCACAUUGCUUAUCUUCUCCUCAGAGAAAGCAGAGCCCUCCAAGACAUCGUUCUCCCAUGCGAGAGAAAGGGAGACACGAUCAUGAAAGAACUUCACAGUCUCAUGAUCGGCGGCAUGAGAGGAGGGAAGAAACUAGAGGCAAAAGGGAUAGAGAAAAGGACACUAGAGAAGAGCGUGAGUAUGAACAGGAUCUGAGCUCUUCUCGAGACCACAGAGAUGAGAGAGAAUCCCGGGAUGGCCGAGACCGGAGAGAUGUGAGAGACCGCAGGGAGCUGCGGGACUGCAGAGACGUCCGGGACUGCCGGGACAUGAGGGACUACAGCAGAGACACCAAGGAGAGUCGCGACCCCAGAGAUUCCCGGUCAGCUCGGGAUGCCCAUGACUACAGAGACCGCGAGGGCCGGGGUGUCCAUCCGAAGGAGGACACGUACCAGGAAGAGUCCCGGAGUUACAGCAGAAACCACUUGAGAGAAGAAAGUUCCCGUACAGAAAUAAGGAGUGAUUCUAGAAAUGAGUCCCGAAGUGAAAUUAGGAGUGACCGGAUGGGCAGAAGUAGGGGGAGAGGCCCAGAAAUACCUGAAAAGGGAAGCCGAGGAACAAGAAGUUCUCAGAUGGAUAGCCAUAGCAGUAGCAGCAACUAUCAUGACAGCUGGGAACCUCGAAGCAGCUAUCCCGAAAGAGACAGAUAUCCCGAGAGAGACUCUCGGGAGCAAGCAAGGGAUUCUUCCUUUGAGAGAAGGCACGGAGAAAGAGACCGCCGAGACAACAGAGAAAGAGAUCAAAGACCAAGCUCACCAAUUCGUCAUCAGGGAAGGUCUGACGAGCUUGAGCGUGAUGAGAGACGAGAGGAACGAAGAGUAGACAGAGUAGACGAAAGAAGAGAGGAACGGGCUAGAGAGAGAGAGAGGGAACGCGAGCGGGAGAGGGAGCGGGAGAGAGAGAGGGAGCGGGAGCGGGAACGGGAUCGUGAAAGAGAAAAAGAGAGAGAGAGGGAGCUAGAAAGAGAGCGUGCCAGAGAGCGCGAUAGAGAACGAGAGAAAGAGAGGGAUCGGGAGAGAGAGAGGGAUCGUGACCACGAUAGGGAGAGGGAGAGAGAGAGGGAACGGGAUAGAGAAAAGGAGCGGGAGCGGGAGAGAGAGGAAAGGGAGAGGGAGAGGGAGAGAGAACGGGAGAGAGAGAGAGAACGAGAACGAGAGCGGGAGCGAGAAAGGGCAAGAGAACGAGAUAAAGAACGGGAACGUCAGAGAGAGUGGGAAGAGAGGGGGCGAGAGGACCGCCGAGAGAAGCGAGAAGACAUCCGAGAAGAGCGGAACCCCAGAGAUGGCCACGAGGAGAGGAAAUCCAAGAAGCGCUAUAGAAAUGAAGGGAGUCCCAGCCCUCGGCAGUCUCCUAAGCGCAGGCGUGAGCAUUCUCCUGACAGUGACACCUAUAGUGGAGAUGACAAAAAUGAAAAGCAUAGGCUCUCAAGCCAGGUUGUGCGACCACAGGACUCUCGGUCUGUCAGCCCGUCACACCUUGCAGAAGACAGGCAGGGCAGGUGGAAAGAGGAAGAUCGCAAAUCAGAAAGAAAGGAGAGUUCAAGGCGCUAUGAGGAGCAGGAACUCAAAGAGAAGCUUUCUGUUGAUAGACAGAGAGAACAGGCAGAAAUCGUGGAAAGCUCACGUGGUCGGACCCAAGACAUGAUCAGCCACCACCAGUCAGAAGAUCGUGAUGUAUCUGACCGAGCCCAUGAUGAAAAUAAGAAGAAAGCAAAAUUUCAAAAGAAACCUAUUAAGAAAAAAAAAGAGGAUGAUAUUGGAAUAGAGAGGGGCAAUGCUGAGGCUUCUGAAGAUGGUCAAGUCUUUUCACCAAAAAAAGGACAGAAGAAGAAAAAUAUUGACAAAAAGCGUAAAAGAUCCAAAGGUGACUCCGAUGUUUCUGAGGAAGAAGCAGCUCAGCAGAGCAAGAAGAAGAGAGGCCCCCGCACACCGCCUCUGACAACCAAGGAGGAAUUGAUUGAAAUUUCUAAUGAUAAGGAUGGCAUGCUAGAGGAUCCACUGAAGAAAGAAGAGACAGCCUUUAGCGACUGGUCCGAUGAAGAUGUGCCUGAGCGCACAGAGGGCCUGGAGCCCGAGCACACUGCCACCUCUGCCAUGCCUGGGAGAACCCCUUCCCCUCUGUCCUCUCUUCUCCCUCCUCCGCCUCCUGUGGCUGCUGCCAGUACUGCAGCUGCUGCUCUUGUCUCUGCUGCUGUUGCUGCCACCACCUCUGCUGCCAUCUCCAGCUCUGCCAUGGCCUCCAAUACCAGUGCUGCUUUUGCCAGUGAAGACUCACAUAGAAAAUGCCAGAGGACACGAGUGGAAAAGUUAGAAGUAUCUCAUGUGACUAUAGAAGAUACACCACAUCGCAAGCUGGUGGAUCAAAAGAGGAGCAGCAGCCUUGGGAGCAAUCGCAGUAAUCGGAGUCACACCUCUGGUCGCCUGCGCUCCCCAUCCAAUGAUUCUGCCCAUCGAAGUGGCGAUGACCAGGGUAGUCGAAAGAGAGUGCUGCAUAGUGGCUCUGGAGAUAGAGAGAAAACAAAAAGCCUGGAGAUCACAGGAGAGAGGAAAUCUAGGAUUGAUCAGUUAAAGCGUGGAGAACCCAGUCGAAGUACUUCUUCAGAUCGCCAGGAUUCCAGAAGCCACAGCUCAAGAAGAAGCUCUCCUGAGUCAGAUCGGCAAGUCCAUUCACGAUCUGGGUCGUUUGAUAGUAGAGACAGGAUUCAAGAACGAGAUAGAUACGAACAUGACCGUGAACGGGAGAGAGACAGAAGAGAGACAAGGCAGAGAGAAUGGGACCGAGAAGCUGAUAAGGAUUGGCCACGGACCAGAGAGAGAGAGAGAUUGAGGGAACGAGAGAGAGAACGAGACAAGAGAAGAGACUUGGACAGAGAAAGAGAGAGACUGCUUGCUGACUCCACAGAAAGGGACAGAGAGCGAGAUAAAAUUUUUGAGACCUCUUCUCAAAUUGAAUCUGUGAAACGUAGUGAGGCAAAACUGGAGACUGAGCAUGAAAGAGAUGUAGACAGCAGUUCCCGGGACUCCUUGGCUGUGGAUAAGGAGAGAGUAGAUAGAGACUUGGGGCCUUUGCAGGGACUGGAAGAUGUGAUGAAUAAGGCGGAGAGAACAGAGAGCCUGGAAGCAGGAGAUGAUGAAUCCAAGUUAGAUGAUGUGCAUUCAUUAGGAUCUGGUGCUGGGGAAGGAUAUGAGCCAAUCAGUGACGAUGAACUAGAUGAAAUUCUGGCAGGUGAUGCAGAAAAGAGAGAAGAGCAGCAGGAUGAAGAGAGGAUACCAGAUCCAUUAGACGUAAUAGAUGUGGAUUGGUCUGGUCUGAUGCCAAAGCAUCCAAAAGAACCCCGAGAGCCUGGAGCUGCCCUCCUAAAAUUUACCCCUGGAGCCGUUAUGCUGAGAGUUGGGAUUUCUAAAAAGUUGGCAGGUUCUGAACUGUUUUCUAAAGUCAAAGAGACGUGUCAGAGACUUUUAGAAAAACCCAAAGAUACAGACAACCUUUUUGAACAUGAACUGGGGGCUCUCAACAUGGCUGCAUUACUACGAAAAGAAGAAAGAGCAAGUCUUCUUAGUAACCUGGGACCAUGUUGUAAAGCAUUAUGUUUCAGACGGGAUUCUGCAAUCCGAAGGCAACUUGUGAAAAAUGAAAAGGGUACUGUGAAGCAGGCAUACACCAACACACCAGUGGUAGACAACGAGCUGCUGCGGCUGAGCCUGCGGCUAUUUAAAAAGAAGACCACAUGCCUUGCUCCUGGAAAUGAGAAGACUGAAGAUGACAGACUAGCACAGUCCAGCAUCCAGCAGGAGCUGUGUGUGACGUGAGCCAGAGCUUCAGAACGGCCCUUCGGUACUGUCCUCUUUCAGUACAUAGUCCUUCUCAGAGUCAGGACAGAAAGAUUUAUUGGCCACACUAAAAGGCUGAAGAACUGUGAUCUGUAGAGAUGCCUAAUUUAAGAUUUUACAUUAAUUUUUAUACUUGACACUCAGGCAAAAUAAUGUGAAAGCAUCUAGAUUUAGUAGUUUAAGUCUUCCUUUAUUGAAACUGGAGGUUUAGAAAAUGGCCACUACUGCUCUUCCAGCCUACGAGUACUCUCUUUGAAAUGGAAACAUCGAUUUAUAUUCUGGACGGACAUACAGAGACUGAUCUUGCUCAGAAAGACGGUGUUCAUGGAAGCCAGCCGCUUACACUCUACAAAACCAUGCUGUACAGAACACUGAAGAGGGUACUGGCUGUGCAUAGCAUAUCUGUAGGCAAACCUCCAGCAGACAAAGCCUAGAUCUUUGGUUUUCUUAUUGAAAUUUUUAAAAUAGAUGACUUCAUGGGAUUUUUUAUGUGUUGUACAUUACUACAUUGUAUAUUGGAUGCCUUUGGACACCAGGUGGGUUUCUGUUGUUCGUUAUCAGAGACUGUUCUAUUUUUAUUUUUAAUAAAUGUACUUCCUCUUUCCUUGUUCUAGAUUUCCCUUGCUCUUUAUUACAUAUUCCUGAUACUCAAAAGUAUAUAUCAUCAACAUUAUAGUUUCAUGCUUCAAAUAUGUUCUUCUUGUGUACUUAGUGUUGGAGAGCUAUAUAUAGUGUGAACAGAUUUGAGGGCAUCCUUUAAAUAUAGCUCAGUAAUUCUUGAAGCAAACCAAGGAUUAACAAACCUGUUGUCUGAGUUUGAAAAUCCUGCCGUCGUAUUUCAGGGCUAACCUGCCUCCAUCCAUCCUGUACUGUGUAAAAAUGAUUUUUUUGAAAAUUUCCAAAUACUUGGUUCUGUAUUCAUGUUUAACUCAAGAAGUGUACUCUUGGGAGGAUUUUUUAAUGGACUACAAGUUGCAGAAUGGUUGGCAGACAGUAGUAAUGAUGAGGAUGGUAAAAGAAGAAAUGUUAGUUUGUUGAUGACUUUUCACAGGGUUUAUUAGAGCUGUGAGCCUGUGUUACCUGCCUCUGGUUUCAUAUUCCCUUCUCUAAAGACAGUGUAAUCAUACUAGUGUAAUGUGUCUAUUCAUUUCAAGAAACAUUUAUUGUGCAGUUCAUUUUUACAAGAUAAUUGCCUGGCAAAGGAAAUAAUCUUAUUUGUAAGUCUUAUUUGAAAGCAUGUAUGAGAAAAAUCACCAGUGGAGUGGAGGGAAAAGUAAUUAAAGUUUCCUGGUGUCAUUUUCUUUUUCUAAAUGCUUUGAAUAAAGAGAAAUGAACUGAAAUUA